UACAAGAGUUUUUGGAGUUUCAACAGAGUCUAUGCAGCUUUCUUUUGACUCCAGAGGUAAUUGUGUGCCAACAAUACUUCUGAUGAUGCAAAGACGCUUGUACUUCCAAGGCGGUUUGCUGGCAGAAGGAAUCUUCAGAAUUAACGCUGAGAAUGGCCAGGAAGAGUUUGUCAGGGAACAACUAAAUAAUGGGAAGGUUCCACACAAUAUUGAGGUUCAUUGUUUAGCAGGUCUCAUCAAGAACUUCAGUAAUCAGAAGAAUUUAAUGUUGUGUAAAUGCUUAUAUAUUGCAUCAACUUCAAGUAAUGGUGCUUUGCAGGCUUGGUUCAGAGAACUCCCAAGAGGAGUGUUGGACUCUCUCCCACAAGACGAGGUUAUGCGGGCUCAAUCUGAAGAAGAAUGCACUCAGCUUUUACGGCUCCUUCCACCUACAGAUGCCGCUCUAUUGGAUUGGGCAAUUAACCUCAUGGCUGAUGUCGCUCAGCUUGAAGAUUUGAACAAAAUGAAUGCACGUAAUAUUGCCGUAGUUUUUGCACCAAAUAUGACGCAGAUGGCAGAUCCUUUGACAGCAUUGAUGCACGCAGUCCAA